AUGAGAAGAACACAUGAAAAGAAGGUAUGCAAAAAUGUUUGGUGUCUUUUGUUAACGCAUUUUCAAUAUUUGCUCAAAAAUAAAAACCGAUCGAAUUUCUUUACUCACUGUCCUCUUUCUAUCUUUCGUGUCCUCUUUCUAUCUUUCGUGUCCUCUUUCUAUCUUUCGUGUCCUCUUUCUAUCUUUCGUGUCCUCUUUCUAUCUUUCGUGUCCUCUUUCUAUCUUUCGUGUCCUCUUUCUAUCUUACCCUCUGUCCUCUUUCUAUCUUACCCUCUGUCCUCUUUCUUUCUUACCCUCUGUCCUCUUUCUUUCUUACCCUCUGUCCCCUCUGUCCUGUUUCUUUCUUACCCUCUGUCCUCUUUCUGUCCUCUGUCCUCUUUCUUUCUUACCCUCUGUCCUCUUUCUUUCUUACCCUCUGUCCUCUUUUUCUUACCCUCUGUCCUCUUUCUUUCUUACCCUCUGUCCUCUUUCUUUCUUACCCUCUGUCCUCUUUCUUUCUUACCCUCUGUCCUCUUUCUUUCUUACCCUCUGUCCUCUUUCUUUCUUACCCUCUGUCCUCUUUCUUUCUUACCCUCUGUCCUCUUUCUUUCUUACCCUGUCCCUCUUUCUUUCUUACCUCUGUCCCUCUCUUUUUCUUUCUUUCUUACCCUCUGUCCUCUUUCUUUCUUACCUCUGUCCCUUUCUUUUCUUACCUUUUUUCUUUGCCAGUUUUCAGUUAUGAGCUAUCUACCUGCUUUGAAAAUCAAAAUCCUAGUCUCUCAUACCGACCACUGGCAUUGA